UGUUCAAAUACAGCAAGUCAAGAUAAAGGGUUUUUCCCGUCUUUUUAUGUAUAAAUCAUUCAUUCAUCAUUUUGUAUUCAAUAAAAAACAUAUCACUCCUCAUGAAGAAUGUGUCUUGUUACCUGCUUAUGGUUACAAAGAUCCAAAAGAUCCCUCAGUAUGGAUAGUGCGUAUCAAAGGUUGGACUGGUUGCUUUCGACAGUCUACUACAAAGCAAAAAAUACUCCAAUACAUCACUCAAAGAAUAGCUGGUAAAGUGAAGUGCAACAAAAUAGUGCAAGGCUUGUUUGAAGAACGAUUUCAAUACUUUUUAGCGAACGGCAAAAGCAAUAGACAAGUGCAUAUCAUGAAUCAUAGGCUAAGGUCAACCACAGCCGGUCUAUUGUCUCAUCAAAUUCGCUUAAGCAAUCAAGAAGAGGAUCGUUUUGUCGAGGUUUUGAAUGAUACACAUGUAGAACUGGUGAAGCCUGCUGGUAUUUCUAUUAUCAGUGAUAUUGAUGAUACAAUAAAGCAAACAGGUGUAUCUUAUGGAGCUAAAGCAAUAUUAAACUAUACAUUCUUCAAUCCGACACAAUGCAUAGAGGGUAUGGCAGACUUAUACAUGCAAUGGUAUCAUGAUGGUGCUUCAUUUCAUUAUGUGUCCAACAGUCCUAUUCAAUUGACACAUAACUUGACUAGGUUUAUACAAGAUCAUCGUUUUCCACCAGGCAGUCUUCAUUUAAAGCACCACCAGGGUGUUAUGUCUCAAUGGUUACAGGCAGCAGGUCAAUCCAAAAAAGAAUCUAUUCAAACAAUCUUGAAGGAUUUCCCUCAACGGAAAUUUAUUCUAGUGGGAGAUUCAAGCGAGAUAGACUUGGAUAUCUAUACUCAGAUAGCCAUGGAUUUCCCUGAUCAAAUCCUAAAGAUAUAUAUAAGAAAUGCCACAUCUACACCUAGCAUUGCAUUUCAUAGACAACUUUCGCCUGAAUUUACCCAAUUGUCCUUUUUUACUUGCAAUAACUUGCAUGGAUAUAUGAAAGAAGAAAUAGAUCAAGAAAUAGCGCAGCAUGAUGACAAUCAUCACAACACUGAUGAGGAAAUAGAAUAUAGACAUGCUGCUGUCACAGAUUUAGCAGGAUUUGUCAUUGAACCCUCAUUAACAGGACACCUUGACCCUAUCAAGACAUUGAAUCAAGAAUCUCUCUCUCAAGACAAAGCAAACCGUCUUUCAAAAGCACAGAAAUCCAUACCUCAUGUCAAGAUUGUCUUUUUUAAUCAUCCAACAGAAAUAACUUGAUUGUUGCAUUAAACACUGAAUGAAACUCCUACCCAAGGCCUAUUUUUUUUUUGCGGUUUUCUUUUCUUUUUUUUGUUUCUUUCUUUUAUUUAACCAUGUCUGCCCGUACUUUUUUAACUACUGGUAAAAAGAUUGUAGCUAUUGGCCGUAAUUUUAGGUACAUUAAUCAAACCAAUACA